AUGCUCAACAUGUUGAAAAUCCAGCGGCAACCAGAAAGACGCUACGACUCUUUGGGCGACUGAGGAGACGACUCACGACCACACAGGCAACACCUCGGCGACCAUGUGGCGACAGCCUAAUUGCCGACAGUCUCCUAAAAAAUGGCCUAAGUGGGACAGCCCCAUAAAACAGCAAAUAUUUCAAAUUGUUCAAGACUUUCAUUCUUUAAGGCACAUCAUAAAGCUGUCAUUGUGAUUUGAUGGUCUGUAUGAGGUUACAUGUGUGUUAGCCAAGUUUACGAAAGUUAGAUAAUGAAAUGGAAAGGAAUUUUUACUUGAAAAAAAAAAGCGAGCAUAUUCUACAUCUGUACAUUUUUCUCUUUUGGAAAAAGGGGGAAUAUUAUGGUAUAGCAUAUGCAUGUAAUGUAUGCUACGAGAGAUUGCACGAGUUAAUAAAGUCCACUCAUGUGUGUGGGGUUUCACUCCAGAAAUAUGUCACCAUAGAGUUAAGACUAGAUUGUUUCAGUUUCAUUUCCACUUUCAGGGUGUGAACUAUGUGGACUCAGCCCACCCAGUGGACUAUAAAAACACCGCACACUGUCACUGGUCCAGCCAGUUCUUGGAAGGACGACGGAAUCCUGAACAGCAGCAUGAGCGACACACUGAGGGAGUCCUUGUUGGUGAAGCUCGGCCAGCUUCAGUGCCACUUCACGUGGGGCCCACUGAUGUACGACAGUGACCUGGACGAUGUGAAGCAGAGGUUGCAGGAUUCGAUUAUCAUCGGCGGGAAUCACCAAGGCGUGCCGCACAACCAGCUGGCUUACAUCAACUACCUGCAGGGCAACUACGAAGAAGCUCUCCGUGACUUAGAGGAGGCGGAGAGACGUCUGAGGGAGAUCCACGGGGAUGGAUUUGAGAGGAGGAGCAUCGUCACCCAUGGCAACCGGGCCUGGUUGCAUUACCACAUGGGGCAACUCAGUGAGGCCCAGUCUUACCUCGACAAGCUGGAGGUGGUGUGUGGCCCCCUCACAAAGGGCCCGCACGUCACGGCAAUGGUGCUUGAGGUGUUGGGGGAGAAGGGGUGGUCUUUGCUGAGCUCCCGCUCUCAGUGCUACGAGGAGGCGAAGGAAUGUUUCGCCAAGACUCUGGAGGAAGAUCCCGACAACACGGAGUGGAACAUGGGCUACGCCACCGCUCUGUACCGUCUGGAAUUAUUUUCCGCGAUCCCGGAAAACCCCGAAGUGAGUCAGUCGGUGAGACAGCUGAGACGGGUGCUGGAGCUCGAUCCGGGUGAAUCUGUGGCCAGGGUGAUGCUGGCCCUCAGGCUCCAAGAGUUCCAGCAAAAGGCAGAAGCGAAUGAAUUGGUUGAAGAAGCGUUGCGGACAAGCCCAGAUUCUCCAUUUGUGCUCCGCUAUGCAGCAAAGUUUUACAGAACAGAGCGCAAUGUUGAUAAAGCGAUAGAGAUGUUGAAGAAAGCCUUAGAAUUCACUCCGCUCUCUUCCUUCUUGCACCAUCAAAUGGGCAUGUGUUACAGAGAAAAGCUAAUGGCUCUACGUAAAAAUCAAGGCAUUGGAGACCCAGGUGUGGAGGCUGAGUUGAUCGGCCAUUGCAAGCACCAUUUUGGAACGGCAUUUCAACUGAAGCCAUCGUUUAUUCUUGCACAGCUGGAUUUUGCCAGCAUCUGCUUAAUGAAUGGUGAAUCAGACAGGGCGGUGAAGAUAUACAACGACCUCCGGAGUUUAGAGGAUGUUACUCCAGAUAAUAAGCAGGCAAUAGAGUUACAGCUUGGAUUAUAUGAACUGUAUCACACCAAAUCUGAAUCAAACGCCAUCCACUAUUUUAUGGAAGGCCUUAAAAUCCAGCGCGGCACGAAAUAUUGGAAAACUUGUUACACUAAGUUGGAGCAGAUUGCAGGAAGGCAAAUUACCAGGAACCCGUACAACAGCAGAGCCUGGGGUAUCCUGGGGUUUCUUCACCGAGAAGCCGGGAAGAAUUCUGAAGCUGUUGAAUGCUAUGAAAAGGCCUUGCGGUGGGAUCGUGGCAACGAAGAAUAUCUCAGCGCUCUUCGUGAAUUGCGCCUUUCUACUUAGGCAGGCGAUACCAGGACCAGGAGGUUUGGUGCCCGUUUUUCUGACUGAUCUACAGUGAUCCCAUCUCUCAACAAACCUUCACAUUCAACCAGAGGUGGAUCAGAGCUGCGUUGAGGAGGAUGUGACGCCAUUUCACGUGCGUCCGAUGCGGUGGUCAGAAUAGAUGCACCAGCAGUGAUUUCCCAGCCCGUUACUCAAUGGUCACAAAUUCACCUGGACGUUAAUUGUUUGUCCACUAAAUUCUGGAGUUAAAAGUUUAGGAUUAAGUUUAUUGUUGUCACGUGUACUAAGAUACACUGAAAAGUUUUGUUUUGCUUCCUAUCCAAACAGACCAGAGAAUACUGUACAUAAGUACAGACGUUAAACUCAAGUACAAUAGAUAGAGCAAAGGGGAGAUUAGUUCAGUUUAGUUCAUGGUCACGUGUACCAAGGUGCAUUGAAAAGCUUUUGUUGCGUGCUAACCAGUCAGCGGAAAGACAAUACAUGAUUACAAUCGAGGCGUCCACAGUGUAAGAAAUGUUGCUGCAGGACUAGAGAUUGUAAUAUGUGAUUGUAGAUCUGCUUCUGUGGUUAGCACGCAAAUAAUCGCCUGGGUUCGACACCAUCUUUCUACACAAAGUGUAAAAUACAGAGUGCAAAACUAUAAAUGAUGGGGUGAGAACUAAUUGUUGUGUAAGAAGCAUCAUAGAUGAGGUGCCAUUUGAUUUAGUUUGCAGGAUACACUCCUGCAUUUAAGAGUUCCAACAUAUGCAAUAUGUUAGUUUAAUUUCCGUUUAAUGCUUUAUGACCAUUUGGGCACCUUUUUCUGGUCAAUAUUUUUAGUUUAGUUUAGCGAUACAGAGCAGUAACAGGUCCUUCGGCCCACCGAGUCCGAGCCGACUAGCAAUCCCCGCACACUAACGGUAUUUACACACACUGGGGACUAUUUACAUUUAUACUAAGCCAAUUAACCUACAAACCUGUAAGUCUUUAGAGUGUGGGAGGAGACCAGUGCACCCGGGGAAAAACCCACGCUGUCGCGGGGAGAACGUACUAAUGCCCCUGUCCCACUUAGGAAACCUGUACAGAAACCUCUGGAGACUUUGCGCCCCACCCAAGGUUUCCGUGCAGUUCCCGGAGGUUUUUGUCAGUCUCCCGAUCUGCUCCCACUACCUGCAACCUCCGGCAACCACCAGCAACCUGCGGGAACCGCACGGAAAGAUUGGGUGGGGCGCAAAGUCUCUAGAGGUUUCCGUUCAGGUUUCCUAAGUGGGACAGGGGCAUAACUCCUUCCAGACAGCACCAGUAAUCGCGAUCGAACCCGGGUCUCUGGCACUGUAAGUCAGUAACUCUACCGCUGCGCCACCAUUUCUGAUCAAUAUUGUACAACAUGCCGUAAUAUCAGAGCUAAAGCAUUAAAAUAAUAAAUAAAGCAGUAAUAAAAUG